AUGGAGAAGCUUCGCCGUAACCGAGCUGUCCUUCGUGGCGCCGUGACGCGGUGCCUGUCAUCCGCUACCGAACUCCUGCAACAGCCCUCGGCGGCCCCGUCUGACUUGCAGGUAACCCUGGAUGAACUACUCGACAAGGACAGGACUCUUACCGCUUUGAAUGAUAAAGUCGCAGAGCUCAUUGACGACGACACCUACGAGCAAGAAAUCAGCACCGCUCUCGAUUACCACGAAAAAAUUUGCCGUUGCGUAAGUCGGAUUCGGUUCCUUCUGAGUUCUCGUACCGCAUCUAGCGCUACAUUGUCUAGUACCGCUACCCAAGACCAAUCAGGAGAGCGCUCAGGCGAAGGGUCGGGUACCGUCAAUGCCGCUCCGAACGCUACUGCGAGCAGCUCGCGCUCUGGACCGCAACGGGUUAAUCUACCGAAACUCCAAGUGCCGGUCUUCUCUGGUGAGCUCCGUGAAUGGCAGGGGUUCUGGGAACACUUCGAAGCAACUAUCCAUCGACGUCCAGAUCUCCCCGACAUAGAGAAAUUCCAAUACCUGAAGACAUACUUGAGUGGAUCUGCAAGGCGUGCAGUCGAGUGGAUUCGCCUUAACGAAACCAACUACCCGGUGGCGGUGAGCGUGCUCACCGAGCGGUUUGGCCGUACCGACGCUCUUGUCGAUGAACAUAUUGAUAGCCUUCUUGCCAUCGCGCCUAUCUCAUGUUCGUCUCAGAUAACUCGGCUCCGGGACCUCUACGAACAGAUUCAGUUCCGCACCAGCUGCCUCGAGAGUCUUGGUGUUCCUGCAGCGGAGUACGCAGUAGUUCUCCAUCGGGUCCUCAUGCGUUCCCUACCGGAAGAUAUCGCUGUUCUUUACAGACAGCGCUUGAAGACGCAAGAUAAACAAGAUGCACCGUCCAGCUCCGCAGCAGGCUCUCGUGCCGAAGAAGUGAACACUGCCAUGGAAUUUCUGAGGGUCCAAGUGGAGAGCAGAGAGGAGACCAAGGCAGCACGCGUGAAAGAAAACUCGAAUCUCGCAUCAACCGAACGAGUGCAUUCACGGAGCUCCUCCCACCUUCCGUCUGCUUUGGCGUUAGCUACAGGGUCCGCCCCUCCCGACCAGCUCACGUGUCCUUUGUGUGACCAGUCUGGUCACACAACCCAGGAGUGCCACGCCUCCUUAUCAACCGAUGAAAAGCGAAGGAGACUGUCAGCAAGGCGUUGCUGCUUCAAGUGCGGCAAGCGUGGGCACAUGGCUCGUCAGUGCCGCACUGCAGCGACACUGAGAUGUCGGGCCUGUUCAAGCCGCCAUCUGACGGUACUGUGCGACCUAUGGAAGAGACCUGACGCAAGGUGUCUACAACCGUCAUCCGCCCUCGGGGCCUCGAACUCCCAGUCCACAUCUGGACCACAGAGCCCACAGCACGCUACAGCUACCGUGGCUGCGACUCAUACGAGCAGCGGGGUCGGUCACCCGAUAUUACUACAGACAGCGACAGUAUGGGCGUCUGGAGAAGGCGGCAACGUCAUGGUGCGACUACUGCUCGAUACCGGCAGCCAGAGAACGUUUAUACGGAGCGAUCUUUCCCACAAGCUGCAUCUUCCUUGUGAAGAACAGGAAGACCUCACCGUACUUACGUUCGGAAACACGAGUCGGCCGCGACGGUACCAUUGCCGAAGAGUCAAGCUCACUCUUAGCAGCCGAUUUACCUCUAAUGCAGUCACCCUAGAAGCGCUGGAGGUUCCAGAAGUAUGUACCGUAACAACUACCUUGGCCACGGAUCUGCCGGAACUCAGUGGGAAGAAUCUGCUCUUCGCCGACGAACCUAAUUCUUGUACGAGGGAAAACUCUGUCAUUAGCGUCCUUAUCGGCUCAGACUUCUACUGGAGCGUGGUUACGGGACGUACCGAGCGCCUCGGCGACCGCAUGUGUGCCGUGGAGACAAUGUUCGGCUGGGUGGUCCAAGGAGUCAACUCAAGUUCCAGCCUUCCAGCACCCAUGUGCGGCAACACUGUCGCACUCUUUUAG